CCAGAACCAGACCGCAGAUAGUGUGGAACCAACAAAAACAACGCAAGGUGUAACCGUUUCGAGCAUAUACUGCAGCUUGCUACCGUAGCAUUUGGGUCGUCUCGCAAUCUUCCAACCACCACCAUGAUCACGAAUACGAGCAGGCUUGCGGUGCUCCCACACCGAAUCGAAGCGAUGGCAGGCUACGGAGUCCGCCGGUGCCGCCGACAGCUGCACAGGGGACGACACGCUGGCAGUGCUGCUGCCUUUCUCGACGCCGGCAGCCGGGUUGUCGGAAGCGCCCGGCGGUGGAGUUCUUCGCGUGGCGGUAUGCUCAGCGUCCAGGACAAGGUGGAGUCGGCCCUGUCCGAGGGCCGGCCGGUCUGCGCUCUGGAGAGCACCAUCGUGGCCCACGGCAUGCCAUAUCCGGAAAACCUCGAGCUGGCCCGGGAGGUGGAGGGCAUYCUGGAGGACCGCGGAGUGGUCCCGGCCACCAUCGCCGUCCGGAACGGCGUGUGCCGGAUCGGGAUUUCCGGGGAGGAGCUCGAGGACCUGGCGAGGGCGGGGGGAGAGGGACGGGCGCAGAAGUGCUCGACGCGGGACCUCCCUCUGGUCCUGGGGAUGGCGGCCGCCGCCGCGGACCCACCAACCGAGCCGCAGUGGGGUGCCACUACCGUGGCCUCGACCAUGAGACUGGCCCACCUGGCGGGGAUCGAAACCUUUGUCACGGGCGGCAUCGGGGGGGUUCACCGGGGGGGAGAAGACAGCAUGGACGUCUCCUCGGACCUGACCGAGCUGGGGCAGACCCCGGUGGUAGUGGUCAGCGCCGGAAUCAAGUCGAUACUGGACAUUGGCCGGACCCUCGAGGUUCUGGAGACCAACAGCGUCCCGGCGCUGGGCUGGCAAACGGACGAGUUCCCGGCCUUUUUUUCACCGGCAUCGGGGAUCCCCUGCCCGGCCCGUGCCGAUGCCCCUGAGGAGGUGGCGCACGCCUACUGGGCCGCGCGGCGGCUGGAGCUGCCCCAGGGCAUGCUGGUAGGGGUGCCCAACCACGAUCCCGCCGGGGAGAGCGUCGAGCGGGCGAUCAAGGGUGCCCUGGAGUCCGCGGAAACCCUAGGAGUCCGCGGCCGGGACGUGACGCCGUUCGUGCUCAAGACGGUCGCCGAUACGACCGGGGGAGACAGCCUGCGGAGCAACAUGGCGCUGGUCCGGCAGAACGCCAGGGUCGGCGCGGAGAUUGCCACCGCCAUUGCAAAGCUUCGGAAUGAGGCGCUCUAGGUGCCCUUGCGGAAUACGAAAACAAACAAACAAAUCGCUCAAAAAACA